AUGGAAGCAACUGGUGUUGCUUUGAAUAAACUCGCUGAGUUGGAAGAAGAGCUCGAAGUUGUUGAUAAAGAUGUUGAGCUGUUUAAACUAAAAAAGGUUCAACCAAUCUUCAAACGAAGGGACAAAUUGCUGGAAGACGUUCCUGAAUUCUGGAAGGUAGUACUAUCACAACAUGGUGAUUUUGGAAAUUAUGUAAGAGCAGGGGAUUUGAAAUAUAUCGACGCGAUCAGGAAGAUUGAUUUAGUACCACUUUGCCUUGAUGAUUCAAGUUGCGACCCGCGCGACUUUAGAAUAACGUUCUAUUUCGACGGUAUUGAUGGUGACUUCGAAGGGCAAGAAGUUUCCAAAGUUUUCAAAGUUUGCUAUGAUAAAAGUAAGGUGAAGUUUUCGAGAGAAGAGGACGAAGACGAUUAUGAUGAAGAUUUAGGCUUUUUGACGAGUGAAGCUGUGAAUAUCAAGUGGCCCAAAAGUUAUGAUUGGAUUAACCCACUUAAAAUUGAGGAUAAAAGCUCAUCUGAGGGAAAACGCAAUUAUAGAAUUGGGAUGAAGUCUUUUUUUGCAUGGUUCAAAUGGACCGGCUUGAAACCACGGAAGGAGUUCCCCGACGGUGGUGGUCUGGCGUCCUUACUCAGCGAGGAUAUUUAUCCUCAUUGCAUCAAAUAUUAUGCUGAAGCUCAGCGAGAUCUGGUUGAUGAAACAGGUGACGAUGAGGAAGUGAGUGACGGACCACUGCAGCUCGACGAUGUGUUAUUAGAAUCAAUGUCUGACUCAGAAAACCAACACGUUAUAAAAAAGGCGAGGAAGUAA